CCUGUCACCUAAUUAAAACGAGACCGGAUAAAGAAUAUCUCUAACGAAUUUUCAACUUUUGAAUCUCUCUCUCUGUCGUAUUUUAUAGAUCUGAUUAUCCAGAGUGCAGAAAACUCGUUGGUUCGUCGUCACUAAUUCUCUCUGUAAUAAACGGAAUUUGAGUAUUAGAAGAUUAGGUUACAGAAGGUGUUAUUUUGAAUUGAAAAGAUAGGGUUUAUUUGUUUGAGAUUAAGAAUAAGAUGAAGUACUUGGAAUUCACAAAUCUUGACAGGAUUAAUCAAUUCCUUAAUUACGUAAGUUUUGGGGAAUAUUGCAUCAAAGGAAGUUUAGAAGCUUACUCAUGCAAACAUACGGGAACAGAUAAGAAGCUGUCGUUUAGUUUGGAUCAAGAGAUUCUGGAUUAUCUUGGACAAUCUGCAGACAGUGAUCCCCCUUCUCCAGCUAGUAUUUUGUCUAGUAGAUCCAGCCGAAAGACGUUGAUUUACCUGGUGCUUACGCUCGGUCACAUGUAUCCAGAUUACGAUUUCAGCGCAGUGCAAGCACACCGUUUCUUCAGAGAAGAAGAUUGGACCAGUGUUAAGCAGACAUAUGACACCUAUAUGUUCGAAGUAGCGAAGGAAUGGGCAGCUGCUAGUGGGGGCAGUGAUUUACUGGAAAACUUGUAUAAGUCAUUGGAUGAGGUUGUGAAACUUGGCGAAUGUGAAAUUUACUGUUACAGUCCGGAGCCGGAUUCAGAUGGAGACCCUUUCUUGGAAAGGGGAGCCAUAUGGUCCUUCAACUUCUUCUUUUACAAUAGAAAGAUAAAACGCGUCGUCAGCUUUCGUUGUUGCUGCUUAAGCAAUUUGGCAGCUGAGGGUUUUCUUAUGGAUGAGUCUCGGGAUGACGAAGACGGGUACAUUUUCAGCAACAUGGACAUGUGAAAUGUCCAAUAUAUAUAUUGGAUACUUCCUGAAUUCGUAUAUGUUAUAGUGGCUUACACUUUAGACCUGUUAAUGUAUGCUGUAUAAUAUAUAUACAUAAGCAGUUAGUUAGUUAGAACCAGACUGUACUACGUGAUUGGAAUAAGAAGUACAAGGACAUUGCAAUGUGAAGAUAUUCGGUUGUAUCUAUUUGCACAUAAUGUAUACCAUAGAAACCCUUACAACAGCUGUGUUGUAAAGGUGAUGCUAUGAUAAGUCUCAAUAUUGUCAAACAUUCAUUUUACGCGCCUGUGUUAUCAUUGGAUACUACUAAUCAGGCUGUUUGAGACCCCUACACCCUUAUUAACAUUGGGAGGGUGCAAUGGACAUGUGUUCCUCAGAGCUCAUUUGUUCAGA